CUCUCUCACACACACACACACACACACUCUUGCAUCAUCAGCGCACUAUCCAGAUCUUCUCGGUCCUUUUCAAUAGGUCAUACAAUGCCGGUUCUUAUCAGAUCUAGGGUUUCACCCAAUUAAUCCGAUUGAAUACUUGUAAAUUGAUAUAGAAUGCAUAUGAAAUCGACGCACUUUUCGUAUAGAGAUCGGACGCAGGAGUUCCAGAAUGUUGCUGAGAAGCUAAACAAGUCACUUUCAUCCGGAUCCAAUGCCGGGCCAAGUAGUAGUGGUUCGAAGGCCGAUGCACCGUGGUCGGCGGUGCCGAUCCAGUCGGAGUUCAACAGGAGGGCUUCGAAAAUCGGGCUUGGGAUUCACCAGACCUCGCAGAAGCUUGCAAAGCUUGCUAAAUUGGCAAAGAGAACAUCAGUUUUUGAUGAUCCAACUAUGGAGAUCCAAGAGUUGACAGCUGUAGUCAAGCAGGAUAUUACUGCACUCAACUCAGCUGUAGUGGAUCUGCAGCUCCUGUGCAACUCCCAAAACGACAGUGGAAACAUAUCAAGUGACACCACCACCCAUUCAACCACAGUUGUUGACAACCUGAAGAAUCGCUUGAUGAGUGCCACAAAAGAAUUCAAGGAAGUCCUUACUCUGCGGACAGAGAAUUUGAAGGUUCACGAGAAUAGAAGGCAAUUGUUUUCUUCAACUGCUUCAAAAGAGGCUGCUAAUCCUUUCGUUCGCCAGCGUCCCUUAGCUACCAGAUCAGCUGCUAGUGCAUCAAUGUCUCCCCCUCCAUGGGCCAAUGGAUCUGGAUCUUCAUCGCAGUUGUUUCCAAGUAAGCAGGCAGAUGGGGAAUCUCAGCCAUUGCUACAACAGCAACAAAAUCAACAACAGCAACAGUUGGUUCCUUUACAGGACAGUUAUAUGCAGAGUAGAGCUGAAGCUCUUCACAAUGUUGAGUCAACUAUUCAUGAGUUGAGCAACAUCUUUACUCAAUUGGCAACCAUGGUUUCUCAGCAAGGAGAACUUGCGAUUAGGAUUGAUGAGAACAUGGAAGAUACUCUGGCAAAUGUUGAAGGGGCACAGGGGCAACUGGUAAGGUACCUCAAUGGUAUAUCUUCCAACAGAUGGCUGAUGAUCAAGAUAUUCUUCGUAUUGCUUGUAUUCCUCAUGUUCUUCCUAUUCUUUGUUGCCUAAUAUUACGAAUAAAAUCAGAAUAUAAGGGCAAGAAAAAGACCCUUUUGUUUCCUUUCACUGUUCAGUGGCCUUAUUCAUUUUCUUCUUCUCAAAACUCAAGGAAAAAAAAAAAGGGAAGAGAAAAGAAACAGAUCAUGACAUUUAGUUUACUU